UACUAUUAUAGGGCAAACGCUCAGGAAGCAAAACGAUUGGCGCUCCUCUGCAAUCAAUGCACUAUUGUGGGGCACGCUCAUGAAGGAUGGUGACCUUCUCUUGCAAUAAGAUUCUUGGAAAGACGUAAAAGAUGUACCCGCUCCAAGCACGAGCAAUUGCUGCGCAGUCGGCAGCAAUUUUCUGCAUUGCAUUUGGAUUUGUUGCAGCCAUUGUACAGGGGCAUGCAGACGCCAUACUUCUGCCGCUUGCCAAGCCUUCCGCACAACAACUACGCAACCUAGAAAGCUCGUCUCUGAUUGCCUCCGAGCAUUCAGCCACUUAUCUUGCCUGCCACAAUGAAGACAUCCCACUAGAAGCACGCGCAAACACAGUUCUUUUCUGCAAUACAGCACUGUCACUGGAAGCACGCGCGAACGACCUGGUCUCACGCCUUACAUUAAGCGAAAAGAUUGGCCUUCUUUCAAAUGGCGCAAAGGCAGUGCCGAGGCUUGGGCUUAGAGCUUAUGAGUGGUGGUCAGAGGCACUGCAUGGGGUCGCAUUCUCCCCAGGUACACAUUUCAAUGGCACCGUCAAGUGUGUCACCAGCUUCCCUCAAGUUAUCACUUUGGGAGCCUCUUUCAACAGAACGAUGUGGAAUGCGGUGGGCCAGAUCAUCAGCACGGAGGCGCGCGCCAUGUUCAACACUGGCCAGUCUGGCCUCACUUUCUGGGCCCCCAAUAUCAACAUCUUCCGAGACCCCCGAUGGGGCCGUGGACAGGAAACAGUGGGAGAGGACCCCCUGGUCGCAGCAGAGUUUGCGGCCCAUUUCGUUUUGGGAAUGCAAGGGGGGCCAACUAAAAAGACUUAUGGGGGAGAUGUUGACAGUCCAGCAGCCAGUAUAGAUACCACUUUGGUUGGCAAGAGAAGGGAGGACACUCGUCAGGAAGGAACUCGGGGGCGCAUUCACAGUAGAGGUGAAGCGGCUGGCAGAGUAGCCAGGAAGAAGAUGCGCGAAAGAGGCGAAGGACGGCGUAUGGAAAGCAGUGAAAACGAGGGGGGCCUUCUGAAGGUCUCUGCGUGCUGCAAGCACUUCACAGCGUACGAUUUGGAGAGCUGGGGUGGGGUCGACCGGCACUCCUUCGAUGCCAAGGUUACGAAGCAGGACCUUGAGGACACGUACCAGCCCCCCUUCCGGAGCUGCGUGCAACGCGGGGGCGCGAGCUGCAUCAUGUGCUCCUACAACGCCAUAAAUGGCGUCCCUGCGUGCGCGGACCGGAGACUCCUGACGAACACCGCCCGAGGUGCUUGGUCCUUCGACGGAUACAUCACCUCGGACUGCGGCGCCGUAGCUGACGUCAUCAAGGCGCACCACUACACGUCCACUCCCGAGGACACGUGUAACGUGACCCUCUCCGCGGGGAUGGAUCUGAACUGCGGCUCUUUCCUGCGCGAGCACGCCUCUCAGGCGGUCGCCCGGGGCAAGCUGGCGGAGUCGACUAUUGACAGAGCUGUACGGAACCUUGUCAAGGUGCAAAUGCGGCUCGGCCUUUUCGAGGGUCCGGGCAGCGGCCCCUGGGGCCGCCUCGGACCUGCUGACGUGGCAACCCUCGCGCACUCUCAACUGGCCCUCGAGGCCGCUCGCCAGGGGAUUGUUCUACUCGUCAACAAAAAUGGAACGCUGCCGCUAGGCGGGGAGGCCGCGAGCGUGGCAUUGAUCGGGCCUCACAUCGAUGCUGGGGAGGCUAUGCUGGGCAACUACUUCGGUCCGGCCUGCCACGUCACCUCCCCCCUCGCCGCCCUCCGCUCCUCGGGCCUCCGUGUCCUGCCCUCCCCCGGCUGCAAGGACGUAUCCUGUGCCGACACGUCUAUCUUUCCGGACGCCAUACGGACCGCCUCCGCCGCUGACGUGGUCCUCCUCUUCGUCGGUCUCGACCAGACCCAGGAGAGGGAAGGGAAGGACCGGGUGACCCUGACCCUCCCGGGGGAACAAACCGAGCUGAUCAAGCGGGUGGCGGCGGCUGCAAAGCGCCCGGUAAUUGUGGUGAUUUUGUCAGGGGGCCCGGUGGAUAUUAAGGAAGCGGUCGGGGAUGCGAACGUGGGGGCGAUUCUGUGGGCGGGGUACCCGGGACAGGCGGGCGGGAAGGCGAUUGCGGACGUGUUGCUUGGGCGCUACAACCCGAGUGGGCGGUUGCCUGUCACGUGGUACCCCCAAGCAUUUGUAGAGUCGGUGCCCAUGACGGACAUGAGAAUGAGACCCGACCCGGAGCGAGGCUACCCUGGCCGCAGCUACCGGUUCUACACGCCGCUUAGGCCAGACUUGGCGCCCAUCUUUGAGUUUGGCCACGGCCUCAGUUACAGUCGCUUUGAGUAUCCCGACUUGACUGCUCCCGAGAGCUGGAGCGGAAACGGUGUCUCUCGUGGGGAACCGAGCGACAAGCGGGGUUCGCGAAGGGAGAUGGAAGCGCAAUCUAGUCGAUCUGGCCUCAUGCCGAGGGGCUUAGACACGUGGAAGGGUUCGCUUGAUUAUGAGCUAAAUGUGGCCAGCAGAGAUAAGCGUGGGGCCGAUGCACUUUCUGCUUCCCUUCGCGAGAGAGCAACGAAGCUGCUAAGACACCUAGCGUCUGGCUUCACAAAGAUAUCGUCGAGAGUCAGGGCCGCGCAACUGUACAUAACACAAGGGGCCGACAGUCAGCAUGACCGCGAGUUGCAUCAGCGUGCAAGUUUAAAAAUUAAGGUUUCCGUCACUGUUCAGAAUACGGGUUCCUGCACAGGUCAAGAAACGGUUUUGUUGUUUGUUUCUCCUCCCGAGCAGGCGGUUCGGGAGGAUGGCGCGGCUUUAAAGAGUCUGAUAGCGUUCGAUAAAGUAGAGCUUGCGCCCGGUGAGAGAAGAAACUUCGCUUUCACCAUACUGGUCGCGGACUUGAGGAUAGUCGAUAGGAAUGGAGAGAGGCGGCUUUGGCUUGGUAAAUACGUGUUCAAAGUAGGAGCUCUGCAAGCGGGAACCUAUAUCGGCGUUUAGACAAUUUUGUAGAGCGGAUCCAAAGGUCUCAGAAACUCUCCUUUUGUACACCAGCGCAGAGUGAGACUUCAUGUAUAUACUAUGAUAAAGGUAGACCGUCCACUUUCAAUUUUGCGAGCUGGCUUGUUGCAGGUACGUUACGCU